GGCUGUGAGGAGGUUACAGGGGGACACGGUGCUAUAGGGAAACAUUCCUGUCCUUGUGGCCCCUUCAGCCAGUUCCCAGCUCCCCAGACUGAGAUGUAUGGCUGCAGCUCACCACACGGCUUCUUUGGGACGGCUCUUGGGGAGGUUUUGGAGGGGCUCCAGGGGCUGGGGAGAGCUGUGGGGAGGGAUAUAGGGGGCUGGGGGAGGAUAUAGGAGAAUGUGGUUGUACAGAUGUCUGUAAAAACAAAAGGAAAAGAAAGGAAAGAAGAUAACGAAAAAAAGCCAAGUAAAAAGUGAAGAAUAAGAGCUAAGAGAAGAAUGGCUGGCAAGAAAUACGGAGAGAGCAAUGCACAGCAUUGCGAAGGAAAGCCAGGCAAGAGUAGCAGCAAAAAGCAGGAGAAUCCAGACGAAUUCCGUGAAGAGCAGGAGAGUGGGAAAGCAGCCCUUGCCACUCUUUGGAGGAGAGAACCUCUACGUUUGCCGUUUGGACCAUGUCUUUCCCCGACCUGCCAGCAGUCCUCGCAGGUCCUCUCGGUGAAGUACCAAAGCGGAGUCCUGUUGCUGAGCCUGGGCUGGAUGCCAGAGAAAGAGGCAUGGAGAAUUGGAGAAUAUCCGCAGAGGCUCUGCCAUGUCCUGAAGGAAAUGGUGGAGGAGAAGGCAGCACAAGGUCCUGAGAGACAGAAAGAGACAUGGAGAAUUGCAGAAUAUCCGCAGAGGCUCUGCCAUGUCCUGAAGAAAAUGGUGAAGGAGAAGGCAGCACAAGGCGGGUGUCUUUGUGUCUGUUCACUGAAAGACUGGGGAAGCGGAGUUUCUAGAUAGAUACAUGGAUGGGAUGCAGGUGCUGGGAUGGUGCUGGGAUGUGCUGGGAUGUCCUUCUAUGGUGCUGGUAUGGAGUAGGCAUGUGCUGCGAUGGUGCUGGGACGUCCUGGGUUGUGCUGGGCUGGUGCAGGGAUGGUGUGGAACGUGCUGGGUUGUGCUGGGAUGGGGUGGGAUGUUUUUGGAUAGUGCUGGGAUGGGGUGGGAUGUUUUUGGAUAGUGCUGGGAUGCUGUGGGAUGGUGCUGCGAAGUGGUGGAAUGUUCUGUGAUGCAGCUGCUGGGAUGAGAUGUACUGGGAUGUUUCUGGGAUGUUCUGUAAUGGUGUGGGAUGUGCUUGAAUGGUGCUUAGAUGGUGCUUACAUGUUGCUGGGACGGGCUGGGACGCGCUGGGAUGUUACUUGGAUGUGGCUGGGAUGUGCUGUGAUGAGCUGGGAUGUUGCUUUGAUGUGCUGCGAUGUGGUGGGAUGUGCUGGGAUGCAGCAGCUGGGAUGGGAUGAGAUGUGAUGUGGUGGGAUUUGCUGGGAUCAUCCUUGGACAUGCUGGAGUGUUGUGGGAUGGUGCUGGUAUGUACUGGGAAAGUGCUGGGAUGUUCUUUCAUGGUGUGAGAUGGUGUGUGAUGGGGCUGGGAGGUGCUGGAAUCAUGCUGGGAUGAUGCUGGAAUCGUGCAAAAUAGUAUGGGAUGUCUGGGUUCUGCUGGGAUGGUGGUCAGAUGUGCUGGGAUGAUGCUGGUUUGAUGCUUGGAUGUGCUGGGAUGGGGCUGGGAUCACAGAAUCACAGAAUUGUAGGGGUUGGAAGGGACCUCAAGAGAUCGAGUCCAACCCCCUGCCAAAGCAGUUCCCUACACCAAGUCACACAGGUCGGCAUCCAGGCAGGUCUUGAACAUCUCCAGAGAAGGAGACUCCGCCACCUCCCUGCAGCCUGUUCCA